AUCAGGUUCAUCUUCCACACUGCUACAGCUUACCAAAUCAAUUAUUUCAUUAUUGUCAAAGGCCAUAGCAGCAUCCAAAAGAGAAGAGAAGUCGGGAUACAAGCGGCGCGUCAUGCUGAUCGAUUCGGGAACCACACUUUGGAUAGCUUGCUCAAACGGCUGACCGAAUGUAUUUAAAUUGUUAGGAUAGAACAGGCUUCCCGGUAUCCCAUUCUGUGAAUCCAUCACGACGACAGGCGGAAUCUCGGGAAUUCCAGUGGUUGCAAACACAUUUCCACCCUGCACUUGCAACUCCUCGUGUUUAUCCCUGCUAUGUUCUUCUUCUUCUUCUUCUUCCCUGUCGUCUUCAUCAUAUUCUUCUUCUUCUUCUUCUUCUUCUUCCAUAUCGUCAAGAUCUUCAAUAUUCUCCUCUCUCUCGCAGUGCUUCCACUCUCCAUUCAUCGUCAUCUUGACUUCGUCCUCAUCGUCGUUCGUCUGCUGCAGAAUGCUCUUCACAAACGGAUCCUGCCGUAAAUCCUGCAGUUUGACCGCGCUCCCACACACCGGGCAGCUUCGAUUUGCCUUUUCCGGCAUUUCACGUGACUGCAGCGAAUCGAUCGCACCGGAAUCCGCAUUCGCUGUCCAUCAGGUCUAAAGCGAUAUCAUCCUCUUCGUCGGUCUGCUGCAAGAGUCGUGCGAAGUUCGCGCGUCCCUCUUCGAGCGAAUUGCUGCUGGCUUCCAGCACUUUUUGGAGGAACGACGCGGGCGGAAGGUCUUCGCAGAGGUAUAAAACGCUGACUAAAUUGGGAUCUGCCGACGGAGAAAUGGUCACGAAGUUGGUGCCUCGCCGAGCGAACGAGCUGAGCUCAAUUGCCGCGUGAGGUACGCUGAGAGAGAAGAUGUCGAUGGAGUUGAAGUGGAAGCGAUAGCGACUGGGAGAGAAACACCACUUGUCAUCCUCGAAGACCACGUUGAAGAGUCGGAGGUGGAGCGUGCCGUCUCGCAGAGCUUGAAACUCGCUCGAGGAAAGCACGAAUGGAGAGAGAUUGGGUGUGGAGGCGGGAGAAAAAACGUAGAUGCAUCGAUGGACCGAGAGUAAAAAAUACGCGUCGUGGAUAAAGCAAUGCACGCAGUGACAUGGAGAGUCGGAAGUGGGCGUCUCACCAUUCAUGUUUACAAGAGGAGCAAGCUGGGGGUCGUGACACACUAGAUCGAACUUGGGAGGGGGAGGAUUCUGAGGCUCCUUCAUCAGACUUUCACUCCAAUCGUAGUUUCUUUCAAAAUCAUAGUUGUUUUGGUGAAGCAAAGCUUGGGCUGUACGAAAACGCGAAUAGUAGGCAAAAAACGAUCGUAAGCAUGGAGGUAAGUAUUCAAUAGUAAAGGUAGUGUAAUCUCUCUCGAGAUGGAUUUGAUAAUAGUUGAUGAUGAAAAACAUCGCAUCGUCCAGGGAGAGGGGCAUGGGAUGUGUUCUCUUAAUGUAGUUCCAUAGAUCUGCAUCGUCAGCAAUCACACUAACACUACCAUUUCUAAACACUUUGCUCUUGAUUCGGUGAUUGGAAAUUAAUAUAUAUAUUACUCUCCCCAGAGCUAGUAUUACGUCUUCGAUACUGAAAUUGGACACCUAUUCAUUAACAGGCAAAACAAAAUCGUACAAGUUGUGAAAUUUGCAGCAUCAUGGUUUUCCUCUGCUUUUCCGGUUUGACAUGAUAUAAAUACAGAAACUCGACCAAUGUUGGGUUCACACCAUCACGUUCCAAAAUACUCCCCAAAAGUUGAAUAAUUGAUGACUUUUCGUUCACUGACAUCUUUCGAAAAGAAUGAAUGAAACCAAACGACUAAAAAAAUACGUUUUUGAAACUAUACGAAUGGAAACAAAAGAUUAUGACAGCCCCAAAGAUGUAGGUUCCGACCGUGUGAAUAAUCUAUAGUUUCGCUUUCCAUUUCAGCCCUAUGGAGUUCAAACACAAUUCAUGAACACUCUAUUCGAUAUUCUGAUGAAGGGAAAUAUAGGGAUCAUAGAGAGUCCCACGGGGACAGGGAAAACGCUCAGUCUGCUUUGCGGGUCUCUGACUUGGCUGAAUUCGGUAUCUACCCUUCCGGAAGACUAUGUUCGGGAUGGAACGAAGGAAAAUAAGCAGACACAGACUUCCUUGGCGGACUUCCCCGCAUGGUUACUGGAUAUUACAGACGAAGAUGUGGCUCUCAGUACCAUAAAAUACGAUAUAUAUAUCACUUGUAGAAGAAAAACGGGAGAAUCAGCGUUUCCAACUGGAACAACUGAAAAAGCGGUUGCAGAAACGAAAAGAACAAAGAUUGCAACUGCUAAAGGAAUCGUCAGAGAAGGACUAUGCUCAUCAGCAGAACGAAAUCCAUUUGGAGACGGAAAAGGAGGAAGAACCGAUCGGUGUCACCAAAGUAUUGUUUCAUCAGUAUUCACACUUUCUCCUCAGAUUUACUACUGCUCGCGGACUCACAGCCAACUCUCGCAGGUGUUUCAGGAGUUUUUACAUUCUGCGUGGGCUGAGGAUGUGCAGUGUUCGUGCAUUGGAGGUCGUCGGAGUUUCUGCAUCCAUCCCACGGUGAAACGGCUGCCGACAGAUGCGCAAAUGAGCGACGAAUGCUUGUUUUUGCAGAGAAAUCGUUCACGUGGAAAAGAAGGCUGCUUGUUUCACAAUCGAGAACGGGAAGAAUCAAUCCGUGAUGAAGUUUUGACUACAAAUUUGGAAAUAGAAGACUUAGUUCAGUAUGCUGAAAAGGAAAAAGGAUGUCCCUAUUACGCUUCAAGAAAAGCCAUCCCGUAUUUGAAGCUCGUGUUGUUGCCUUACAAUCUUAUUCUAAACAAGAAGAGUCGCGAAGCUUUGGGGAUUGAUUUGAAGAACCAAGUGGUUAUUUUCGAUGAAGCACACAAUCUUAUCAACGCAAUUGGCGAUCUUUUCAGCCCUACCGUAACUCUCUCCAUGCUUUCUUCUUCCCAUUCUCAAAUUGAUGCGUAUUAUCAACGCUAUUCGGACCGUCUUUCAUCGGAAUCGCAUUCCUUUAUCAUCCAUUUACAAACGAUUUUGAAAGCUCUGAGCCAUCUUUUAACAACGAAACCUUCGAACUUUGGAAUGGUGAAUAUCUUCACAGUCAACCGGUUCAUUCAGCACUUGCACCUCGAGUCUAUCAACUUAUUUGAUAUUCUUCAUUUCAUCACCUCCAAACGAAUUGUUCAGAAACUAAACGGUUUUGUGGACACUUUAGGAGAGGACGGAAAGCCGCCCGUUUCCCAUUUUCCUGCAGUGACCGAUUUCAUUUUAGCGCUGACGAACGAUAAUGAAGACGCCCGUGUUGUCGUGAGCUAUUCAAAGGACAAUGGUCCUUUUCUGCGCUUUUUGCUCCUGAAUCCAAGUGUUUAUUUUAAAGAGAUUGUGGAUGAGUGUCGCUCUGUCAUUAUUACUGGCGGAACUUUACAGCCAUUUUCCGAGUUUUCUUCUCAGUUAUUCCCUCAUCUCUCCCAGGAUCGGAUCGUUUCUCUUUCCUUGCCUCACAUUUUAUCUCCUGAUCAUGUCGGAGCGUUUUAUGUGACACACACAGCAACACGACAGGAAAUGCGUUUUGACUUUUCCAAUCGAGAAAAUCCUUCCCUUCUGAGCGAUCUUGCUUCCAAACUCGGAAUCCUCUGCAGAACCGUUCCUCGCGGUCUCGUCGUGUUCUUCCCCUCUUUCUCGAUGCUUCAGACGACUCUUCGCUUUCUCCACUCCACAGGGAAAUUCUCUUCGCUCAACGAACUUAAACCCAUUUUCUCUGAAGAGCGAGAGAAAGACGUUUUCGCUGCGUACUCUUCCUAUCUGAAAGACCACCCAUCGAAAGGAGCGCUUCUGUUUGCUGUGAUUGGUGGAAAACUCUCCGAAGGAAUCAACUUCAGCGAUGAUUUGGGACGUUGUGUGGCUAUUGUGGGCAUGCCCUAUCCCAAUAAAACGGAUGUGGUGUUACAAGAGAGGAUGAAGUACUUGGACCAACAAAAAGCGGGUCUUGGGCAGGAUUACUAUUCCAAUCUCUGCAUAAAAGCUGUGAAUCAAGCGAUUGGACGAGCGUUUCGGCACAAGGAAGAUUGGGCGAGUGUGGUUUUCCUGGACUAUCGCUACUGUCAGCAGUCAAUCCGCUCUCGUUUGACUCGUUGGAUCGACAACCGAGGACUUGUGUGCAAUAAUGAUGACGUUUUGUUGAAGCAGCUGCAAGCAUUCUAUCAACGAUUCAAUUUGGGUGUUUGA